GGGGCUUUUGAUUCAACAAGCUGCUAACCCACCCCCUUGGUCAGGGUGUUGGUACCAAUUAUUUUAACAUUUGGUAACACUGGAUUACGACAAUGUUACCGCUGUACGCAGUAACAUUGGUAAUCCAUCCAGUCUAGUUCCCAAAUUGAGUUUAACUACUCGACACUUCGCUGGUGGAUUUUUAAAGAUCCAGCAAAGAUUACUUCAAGAUAAAUGAAAUUGUUCAGUUGUCUUUCGUCCUAUGUUUCACUUGUUUAGUCUGCCCAAGUUUUCGAGUUGGGUCAACAAUCCCCUUCAAGGGAAAAUGUUUUUGUUUUUAGAAGUUUUUUUCGCUUGAAAUAGAUUGCAUUGCUUAUCUUUGUUAGACCUGGACACACUAACUCGCAGGAAAUAAUAGUGUCUCAGUUUUUCUUAUCGUUAUCAGUUUCGUAUGGUUAAAAGUUGUUGCAAGCAAUCUUGCUCGUCAUUUCUACUGUCCUGUCGGAGAAACGCAGUGAAGGGGAGAGCAGUAUCAACAAGAUGUAUCCUUCAGCUAGCUUUCUGAUGUUUUUCGCUGCGACAACAACUUUCCUUGUACACGCUAAAUUUGUGACUAAGGAAAAUAUCGAGCCUGAAAACAUUCUUUUCGAGAAAAACGCGCGCGUUGAAGAUGAAAUGUUGGAAACCAUCUACAAGGAGCACCAUGGACAGCCCCACGGUUUCGUAUGUCUUAAAGGAAACGCUACUCGCGAUUCCAACGUCGUUCGUUUCGACCUCCGCCAUUAUCAUAGACGAGCUGACAAGCUAGACCGCACUAAGGCUAUGAUAUAUCUGGAAAUGAUCAACCCAGCUCCCUAUGGGCAUCCAUUUUUCUUGUCUUUUUACGAUGCGAUGACCAAGAAGAUGGUUGCUCAGGCCAGAGCGAUUCCAGGUUUUACCCGAAACGUAAUCGUGUUGGACGUUACGGAAAUCGCGCGCCACUGGCUUCAACACCCUGAAAGCGACCAUAGUUUCAAAGCAGUCUACCAGACGGCCGAUCCUACAAAGUUCCCCAGGGAAAACACCAUUAGAAAGUUUGCCCUACCGCUGAUGGUGAUUAUUAGAGAAGAUCACUUAGUAUCCGACCUCCAUGCUGAAAGAAACCGACGUUCAUCAGAGCAGCAAAUCGUAUCCCGUUCUACUGCUCAGAAGCUGGCUUGCUCAAGACGAGAUUUUCACAUCGAGACCCGUCAAUUUCCUGAUGGGAUGAUACUCCAGCCAAUCACCUUCAAUGCCUACGACUGAGACGGCAAAUGCGAUUCUCCCUUAAGUGGUGGACCUCGCCGUUUCACGAACCAUGGUUACCUUAAGUACCUAUAUUACCUAGCCAAAAACAACAGUAAGGCUGAAGAGUACUGCUGUGUGCCAUCCGCCUUCAAGAGCCUGCAUAUCCUAAAGGUGCACGAAACUACUGGGAAUUUUGUUCUGCAGGAAUUCAAAGACUUUAUAGUCACUGAAUGCACCUGCGUGUUCAAAAGCUCCUUUAAAACCGUAGCUUGAUUUUGUAGUGGGCGAUCAUAACACUUGGUUCAAAAAUGUCAACUGUUAGAUAGAACACAAUUAAUUUCGCAUAAUUACCCCUUUUUGGACUUUUUCCUGAUGUUUUAACAAGUUUGCCUUUCAUGAACGUUUUUAUUAUAGAAUCAAAUUAUCGAUAAGUUUGAUUUUUACGAAUUGCUGUGGUAGUGUAAUGCAUGAAAAGGUUGACUCCUAUAUAAUUGUAAGUUUUGCAAAGACCCAAUAAAGUGAAAUCGAGGAAGA